UCGUUUUUUUCCCAAAAAUGACGCGGAAGAAAGAAUCUUCCUAGACACUGAUUGGCUUAAAUCAAUCAGCCCAGAAAAGUAACGCUCGCAAUUAACUUUUAUUGUGUCACUGCAGAAAUUGAAGAUGUGCAGGUCCCCAUAACGUGUACGCCGUGACGCUGAGGAGAUUCUCGGUGGUACUGAGAGUAAAAACGAUCAUAGAAACUAGCAGGAACGCCCCGGUAAAUGCUCGAGCUCACUGGCGAGUAUUUUGACAAAAAACGCGCACUGAAAAUGUUUUUUCGUAACUAAACACCACAAGCAGACUGUAUUUCUAGUUUCGAUUGCUCCCAAAGAUCAAGGUACUUCGUGCCUUUCUCUACCUUUUCGAGGGAGGGCUGGAAUACAUACAAGCGAAGAAAUAGGAGCGCCAGCGUUGCACACAUUUCAACAGGAGGACUAAUCUCGAAAGGGCAACUUUAUGAUUAAAUUUUAAGAGAAUCUGCUAUGAAUAUGCAAGCAGCAUUGCGGUACGGAAAAGUUUACGUUGUAUGUAAAAUAAAGCGAAAUUGUGGGCCCCAUAUAUGUUAGGUGCAGCUAAUGAGCAACCCCAGCGCUGCUAAGCACAGUGCGGCGUCACUAUAAUACGUCAUCUAAGCCGGCCCAGGGAUAUCGCCAGAAAGGCAGUGGUUGGUACUACGGCAGUUGCAUAGCCGAGUAGGUCGAUUCUGUCGUAGAUUUAAUAGCCCAAGAACUGUGAAAAUACAAAGAAUAUACCCGUUGUAUUCAUUUCCAGUAUCCAUUUUCUUUUCACAGUUAAAGAGAAAUUUGAAGCUGGUCAGUAAACUAAUCUACGGAAGACAAUUAUUAUUAGACUAUUACUGGUUCACCAGGGCAACCUUAGAAAAGGUAGAAGAACACGAAUUAAAGGAUAGACCGCUGUCCGGAAAGAAAUAAACUAACAGAACAUUAAAAUGGGAUCCAGAGCGUCGACGUUACUGAGGGAGGAAGAGAUUGAAGAAAUCAAGAAGGAAACUGGCUUUUCUCACAGUCAGAUCACCAGGCUAUACAGUCGCUUCACCAGCCUAGAUAAAGGAGAGAACGGCACGCUCAGCCGGGAGGAUUUCCAGAGGAUUCCAGAGUUGGCCAUUAAUCCACUCGGAGACCGGAUCAUUAAUGCGUUUUUUCCAGAAGGAGAAGAUCAGGUGAACUUCCGAGGGUUUAUGCGAACAUUGGCACAUUUCCGUCCCAUCGAGGAUAACGAGAAGAACAAGGAUCCCACUGCUAGCGAGCCUCUCAAUAGCAGGAAUAACAAGCUGCGUUUUGCUUUUCGACUGUACGACUUGGACAGGGAUGAUAAAAUCUCCAGGGAUGAACUCCUGCAGGUGUUGAGAAUGAUGGUUGGUGUUAACAUCUCAGAUGAGCAAUUGGGCAGUAUUGCAGACCGGACCAUACAAGAGGCUGAUCAAAAUGGGGACAACUCCAUCUCAUUCAAUGAGUUUAUCAAGGUUUUGGAGAAGGUCGACGUAGAGCAGAAGAUGAGCAUCCGCUUCCUGCACUAGAGGAAUUUGCUUCCUACAGUCUAUAAUUAUAGCAAAACCAGUCCCCCAUUUUCAAAGUCCUUAGACUAGUAGAGCUCACCAGUCUCACUUUGGUACCAAGAAAAUGAUGGUCAAUGUCAAGUUAUAAUUUGUGCUUGUUGAUGGUGAGUCAGCCUCGUACUACUCUGAAACGGAAGGGAGGGGUCGUGUGCCUUUAUAUGAUUUGCGUUGUCAUACCUGCAUUUCCCCAAAAAGGGAAACUGCAAAUACAUUUCAGAUCUAAAUAUGAAUGUUAAAUAUCUUGCCAUUGUGGUUUGCCCAUGAAUUUCAAGAAUUGUGUUCAUAUAAAGUCACAUGUGACAGGUGGAUUAUUGAUGAUAUUUACAGAGACAUGACACCUGAAGUCGAUGACUGAAAUAGUCUAUUUAAAUUGACUUAUCAUAAAAAAUAGUAUGAAUAGUAUAAUUCUUGUUUUCCUGCAACCCUGUACUGGAUAAUUGGAUGGAUGGAUGAAUGGGUGGCUGGGUGGAUGGAUGGACGUAUGGAUGGAAAAUUGUUUUUUUUUUAAAUAGCUCACUUUAUGGUUGCAUUCCAAAGCCAGACAAAACAGUCUUGCUCUAUCAUUCUGAUCACAUCAUUCUUGCUAUACGUUUAUUGCAAACAUAGAAACAAGAUCUCAAAUUAAAUUAUUUUUUUGUUUCACCUAAGUGAAAUUCCAAUUUUCAAUCAAUCACUAUAUAUUCUCCAAUCAGAUGUUAUUACUUCCAAUUACAUUCAUUUGAGGUGUGGGUUUUUUUUUCCUGUAUAUUAGGUUGCAAAAAUAUCAUCUAGUUAUAAAGUGAUCUGAUUGCCUACAAAGUAGAUGAUGAAUAUAAUCGUUUAAUAUGAUCUAUCUGCACUGUUCUGAUUUUGUGAAUAAUUUUGUAUUUUUAGUUCAGAAUGUGAUUAUGAACUAUAACAAUAAGCCUCAAAAUAAAAAGAUCAGAUGUGCAGCAAAAGUGAUUGAAAUAUGUAUGGAUUGGAUUUAAUUAAAAGUGCCAUCCUUGUUAUAACCUG